GCCAUAAAUGCCUCGCCUCGUAUCCUACAGAGAGAUGUGAGCUCAAAGUAUGCACAACAAAAUAUACUUACUACCUAGCUGACUAUCCUAGUACCUGCGGAAACUGGAAUCGAAAUCAGCCGCUGGAAUGGAAACAACGCAACAAGGCGAAGGCAGAGAAGUCGAUUCAUGUGCAGACAACGCAGAGGGAAGGGAGGACAAGGGCGGCUGUCCAAAAUGCUACCAGAUGGACGCGUGAAGGCGUUUUGUCAGCCUUUUGAGUACAUCCACUUCUUAUUUCGUUGGACUUCCCGUCUGCUUUUCGGAUCGUGGACUGGAAGGCACGUCCCCUCGAGAGCGUUGUGUCAUGGAUCUGGUCCAAAGCACCUGUCCACGUCUUGGGUCAAACACGGUUGUACGGAUGAUGAUUGAUCGAGAGCAGUAUGUCGAGCUUUGUCAUUUACGGCGGACUUGUUCUUCCGACGGAUCGAUUGACCGCCGCCUCUGCCGGCGUUGUAUCUUCAUCUGAAAACCUUCGUAGAAACUGGCUACGAGCACACAGGAUUCGACUGGUGGACGUGUCCCGAGGCAGCAGGACGAGAGAACUUAUAUAACCUUUCUUGCUGAGCUUCAGUGGUUAGAAAAUCCAGUGAGAGAAUAUAUACUACCUUUCUUGCUGAGCUUCAGUAAAUGGAAACUUCAGACGGGGAAUUUAUCCGACUUUUCUUGCUGAGUGUCAGUGCAUAGAAAAUUCAGACAGACCAUUCAAUCGGCGAAGAGGAGGGACGAAUUUGUAGCGAUGGCGGCCUCCACGCUUGGAAUACCGGCGCCUGUGAGCACGAGUUAUUGUGUUCCAAAUUUGACAGAAUUGAACUUCGUGGAUAAGGCGUUGUCGUUUAGUGGUGCCAAGUUCACAAUCAAAGAUCCGCAGGGUAAUCUCUUGUUUCAAGUGGAGGACCAGUGGCCCAGUCGCCAAUCCAAGCAUAUCGUGUGCGAUUCCAGCGAGAAAGCCCUUGUCGUGCUUACUAAGGAGGAGAGAACGAGGCACGACACAUGGGAAGCGACCCGUGCAAAUGGUGACCAGGAAACAGUGUUUGUCAUGAAGCUGUCAAGUUUGAAUCCGCUACAUACAAAUUUCGAUGUCUUCAUGGGAAGAAACACUUCAACCAGCAGGCCCGAGUUCACUGUAAAAAGCGAUAUCAGGAAGUUCAAUUACACCAUUUGCCACAACGACGUGCCCAUAGCCCAGGCUACUCGAAGGUUAAAAUUUGGGAAGAAUCAAUACAUAGCGAUAAUUAAGCCUGGAGUAGACAUAGCUUUCAUCGCCAUGUUGGUGGUGAUUAUUAUGGUAAAUUGAUCUCAUAGGCAUAUUUUAGCAGAUGUUAGUAGUUUUCAGUAGACUGUAAAUCUACUGAAAUUUAGAAUGAAUUGGUUAUGAAUUACGUUAUGUUAUUAAUGAGUUAUUUUUUAUAAGGUUUAUCUCGAGGCCCCAGUAGUUCUAAACUGCCAUUAUUUAGGGUUUGCAUUCAACCCCACUCAACAACAUGUCGGUAUAAAAAUCUUGGAGUGAUAAGAAACCUGAGUUUCAGGUUAUUUACCACUCCAAGCUUAGGUUAUAGUCUAUGCUAAUAUCCCAAAUGAGCACAAGGAGUAAACUUGGAUUGAAGUCUAAGGAAUUGUAUCCACUGUAUAUGAAGAAGGUUCGAUGGGAUACUUGCUUAACAGUCCAAGUAUUAGCCUUACAAUUCCAUGUUGCUUGAUGAGUAAAGUAUUAGGAGAACAAAGAGGAGAGAAUCAUCAUGCAAGGAGUAAAUGUUCUUCUGUUUUGAUAUUUAAAGUGAAAUAUCUACUUGGUGGAAGGAGGAUAUGACA